AUGGGUGGUUUUCUUGCUGAUGAGCCAGCACCUCCAAUAGAUGACGGGCCGCUCCCCACCAGGACCAGAAUGGGGCAGCCCGCUCAGUCGGGGAUGCCUCCACCAGGUCUUGUGGAUAUCAACUACGCACUGGACACGGCUGUGUACUCCAAAUACCACAGUCUACUCCUAGCUGCGGGGUCUCUGGCCCAGAUUGGAGCUGGUAGUCAAGUGUUCCUAACUUGUGUUAUCCAGGCAUACGCUAACUGCAAGUUUGACUUGAGUUCAUCUGAGAGAUCCUGGCUGCUUUGCUCUAUCUUCAUUCUCUAUCCAUUUGGGGCUUGUUUUAUCGGCUGGACAGCGGACAAGUGGGGAAGGAAAUGGUCGCUGAUAGGUUGCCUCUACCUCGUCCUCAUCACUGGAAUCGUCCAGAUAUUUGCCUCCGCUUGGUGGGUCCUCUUUACAGCUCGACUCCUUAUGGGCUUCUUCUUGCCGGGUGUCAUGAACAUUCCUCUCAUAUUUUGGGUCGAGGUUUCCGCUUACAAUCACAGGGAGGAAGGUAUGCUGGCAUUCAUGGCUCUAUUCGCUAGUGGAGCAGCAUAUGAUUUCACACUGGCAGCUAUCUUCUCAAGUGUAUCAGAGAGCUAUGCCUACGAGUUCAUCUGUGGCUUGUCUGUAUUUCCAAUAGUGCUAGCUGUUGUCUUCUCUCACUUAACUCAAGAAGGACCCCGCUGGCUUGGAGUUGGCAGCACUCUCAAGGAAGCUGAUCUGGCUCUAAGAGAGUACGGGUACCAGCCGGAGAACCCUAACGUGACGACCCCCAUUGAUAUCUACUACGUGCACAUGCGAGGUAACAUCUGUCUAGUCUUCAAAUACCUCUGUUGUGCGGUCAGUCUCUUCGCUACCCUCCUCUUCUGCAACUACUAUAUCGAGUACGGUAUCAUAGUGAUACUCCCUUACAUGUUUUACUGGGACUACUGUGGGAUGGGUUUCAGGGAGAACACCCACGAUAACCAGAUCUUCAAGGUGAUAACUGAUUUCUUUACCGGUCAGAAGUGCGAGGAGAUCAGUACUUAUAGUUUCCUUUACUUGCUGGCUAUAGCAGCCUGCAUUGUGUUAGGUCUGGUCGUGGGUUACUUCACUCAGCAGUACUUUGGUAGUCGUGUUACCCUCAUUACAUACUCAACCCUCUCGUGUAUCAUUUUGUCGUUCCUGUAUAUCUGCUGGAGCUACAUUUUCACUAUCAUUGUGUUGGUUUUUGGUAUGGUGUUCUUAAUAGCUACCCAAUACUCGCUGUGGAGCAGUGUCCUGAUUCAGAGUCCCACUUUUAUUAGAGCAAGUGGAGUGGGAUACGCUGAUGCCUGGGGUAAGGUUGGAGCUCUCAGUGCUAUCGCUUUGUGCUGUCAGAUGGGAGACAUGUAUCUGCUUGAUAUGGUUUAUUGGGCCUUCCUCGCAGUAGGAAUCCUACAGAACUUCUUCGUUUUCCUGGUGUCUAUGGAGGCUAAAGGUUCGAGAGUGUUUGAUAAUCUGCCGUCGGAUCCCCGAGCUAAUGAACCCCCUUCUUUGUGGAGCGGGCUCAUUAGCUCGGGGGCCCUGUCCUCCAGGGCCCCCUCCUCCUCCUCCUCCUCCACCUCAAUACUACCCCUAUCCUAA